AUGUCUUCUCCAAAAACUCGCACCCAGGGUUCUUCUUCCUCGGUCCCUCCCGAUUAUAUCAUCGGGAUUGGGGUUGACAACCAUGCGAUAGAGGUCAGGAGCAAGCUCCACCCCUUUGCCAAGAAAAACCUGGACGAAAAUGUCCUUUAUCUAUUCGAGAACACUUUGGUCUUGGGACCUCACUGGUUUGGUUAUGUUCCGAUUGAGAUGGUGGAGCUAAUAAAAAAGGAUGCUGAAGUGCCUUUGUGUUUCCAGAGUACUUUUGCCUUGGCUUCUCACUCAUGGGUCAACAAGAAUCUGAGCCGGCUCCUUCCAAGGUAUGGAGCUCACUGGAGGAGGGCUGGCAUAUAUGAUGCCAUACUUCUAUCCAAGCAGUCUAUCAAUAGGGAUGAGAACCUCCUAGCUGAUGCUUUUUGCUUCAGGAAUUCUGCCAACAAUACUUUUGAUUUUCGUGUAGGCCCUAUGGCUCCAACUCUGCUGGACAUGGCUCAAAUCUUUAGGUUCAGGCCCAAUGGGAGGCCUGUAGAUGCUGUUGGUGACUAUCACAAGAGGAAGAACCAGGAGAAACUGUCCAAACCGUUCACCAUCUCUCCAGCUAUGAUCAACCAGAACUGUUAUUUCUCCAAUUACUUGAGAAAGUUUAGUGCUGAGAAGGACAAGAAUCAGCAGCACAUGCUGUUUCUCCUGUAUUGGCUGAACAGAUUUGUCUUCCCAAAUCGCUCCUCGGUAGUCCUACUUGAAUAUAGGCAUCUGGCAGAAGUGCUUCAUAACUAUAUUGAUGUGGGGCUUGGCCCCACAGUUCUGGCUCAUCUUUUCAAGAAUUUACAUACUGCCACUUUGGAGAAUCCAAUGAACCUAUAUACUCUCGGUGCAUUUUGGAUGAUCCAGAUCUGGCUGCAUGUUUACUUCCCAGAGCUGAGUUUUCCAGAUGUAGUUCUGUCUGAAGACCAGGUUCUGGCUCAACUACUGAUAUCAGCAGAAGUGCCCAAGCGCUCCAUUGAAGAGUACCUGAUGUUCUUCAGGCACUGUACAAAAAGGUUAGCAGCUCAGUGGCAAGUGGUGAUCAGAAGGACCUAUCCUUGGUUCUGGCGUGGAUACCGGCUAUUUGAAAGGAGCCAGAAGAGGAAUUUGCCAGAACAGACUUCAGGAAGAAAUUCCUAA